AUUUGCAUGGAGAUCAUAGCCACACCAUUUGAAUAUUCUCUCGAUGACAUGUACGAGAAAAGGUAUAGCACUAUACUGAAUAUACAUUCAUAUUUGCAUUGUGCCAUGUCAAGAUAGACUCUGAGGUUUGGUCCAGUGCUCUGAUCUCAAAUUGGGCAUGGAGCUAAACAGUUCUUCAAAGAGGCGGUCUAAGCAGUCGUCCUGAUAGGCCAGAACCCUCCCCAAGUACCCUCUUGUUCGAACUAUUCCAACUGUCUGAAAGCGCAUUUUCAAAAAUCGACUGGAGAGGUCAAUGAACCUGAGGUUGGUGUAGCAAAACAAUAAUAAUCUCACGUCUUUUGGAGACCUUCUGUGCCAAUUACCCGUCGUUUAGCGCAGCAGGACCUUUUCGUCGGAAACAAUGUCUGGGAUGAAAGUGCGCAAUCAACGACAAGCAGACAGCGAAGAGGACUCCGACAUCGACAACCUGUUAGCCGCUUUGACACCGUCCGAGGUGGAAGAGCUGCAGAGCGAAAUCAGCGUCAUUGACCCGGAUCCGACUGUGCCAGUCGGUCUCCGGCAGAGGAACCAAACAGACAAGCAGCCGUCAUUAAAAUACAAUAGGGGGGCGAUGCUUGACUUCUGUGAGCGCGAAACUAAGAAACUCAUUCAAAGGGAGCUGUCCUUUGAGGAGCCAACAACUGAAAGAGUAAAGUGGGAACGCCUGAAGAAGAUGGGAAAGAGCUGUGAUAGUUUCUUCUACUUCAAGUCAGAUGACCAGGAUGACCAAGAUGUCUUGGACCUACACUUCUCUGCUCUAGAGUCCCCUAAAGAAGACAUAACCAAGGAGAAAGAAGACAUAACCAAGGCGAAAAAAGACAAAACCAAGGACAAAGAGGAAACACCAGAGAGCAAGAACCUGAAGGGUGAGGGAGAGACUACAGAGGGAAAUGAGGAAAAACCACAUAAUAGGUCAGGACAAAGUGAGGACGAGGGCCAUGAAAAAGAUAAGAUUGUUGAAAAAAGAAGUGAAGCACAGGUCGAAGUAAAGGAUAAAAAUGAUGGGACAAGAAAGGAUCAGGGUAGUAACAAAACAAUCGCUCUCAUUUCAAAAUUUAAAACUAGAAAAGAGGAUGUAAAAAAAAAGGAGGAGAAACCUUUUAGAAAAAAUACUGACUCUAAAACUAAGGAUAUGAUUUCAAAGCUUCAAGGGCACACUGAGAAAGACAAGAGUAAAGAGAAACCUAAAAAACUGUGUAAUAGCAAGAUAAGAGGAAUGUUGUCUGAAGUAGAGGAAAAACAGAAUGAAGUCAGGGGUGCUGAGAAGGAAAAAGAGAGAGAAAACACCAAAUCACACAGGAAACAAGGUAGUUUCCAGGAUGACACACAGAGAAACAGUGAAAAAGAGGCAAAAAUUACUUCUAACAAAUACAGUAAAGCCUGCAAUUUAAACCAAGAGAACAGCUUUAGGGAAGACCGAUCUCCUGGGGAACUCAUUGGUGGAGACGACGAAGACGAGGAGGCCAGUAUGUUCGACGAGCUCCUUGAGCAGGUUAAAAAUGACAACCCGUCAGUCACUGAGCUCAAUGUCAACAACUCGGACGUGAUCAAGACCCUCACCCUCAUCCAGUUUGCGGAAGCACUGCAGCACAACAGGCAUGUCAAGACGUUUGCUUUAGCCAACACCCGGGCUGACGACCACGUGGCCUAUGCCAUUGCUGACACUCUGCGGCACAACACAUCCCUGACCAGCGUCAUCCUCGACUCCAACCUCCUCACUGGGAAGGGGAUUAUGGCUGUGGUACGCGCCUUAGAGAGAAAUGCCACUGUGACUGAACUGCGCUUCCACAACCAGCGGCACAUUUGUGGAGGCAAGACUGAGAUGGAGAUGGCCAAUGCGUUGAGGGCCAACAACACGUUGCUGAAGCUGGGCUACGGCUUUGAGCUGGCCGGCCCAAGGAUGACCAUGACGAACAUCCUGAGUCGGAAUAUGGACCUGCAGCGGCAACGUCGACUGGAGGCGAAGAAACUGGUCCGGCAGCAGGCACAGCCUUUGCGUCCAACAACACAACCACAGGCCGACGCAAAUAAGAAGACAUUGCCUUUGGAAAGACUCCCACGUGUGCCUUCAUCUCAACCCCAACCCAAGUUGGUUGGUGACAAUAGGAGGAUAGGAAACCUCCUGAAAACAUCACCUUUUUUGGCCCCCUCUAAACCCUUACCUGAACCCUUACACAAGGCGAGCCCCCCAGCUGUGGACAAAGCAAGUCCCAAGGUGGUGGGAAAGCUAAACCCUAAAGCUUGGUGUUGCAGAUCUAGACCAGAGUCUACACCACCUCCAUCUAAGGCAGACGAUGUUGGAUCUUUUCCCGGGUCUCCAGAACGUCGGGCUCCUAAAGCUGCCAGAUCUGGACCAGCAACACCUCCACCUCCUCCCCCUGCCCCAGUGUUGGAGAGUCUAAGGAAAGCCCUCAUACCUGCUUCACAGAGGAAACUCAAUGGUCAGACUUCACACCAAAGAGAAAGGAAUACUAGGGAUCAAUUUCUGGACUCCAUUCGCAACAGCACAAUGAAAGCUCUAAAAAAGGUUGAUGUUCCAAAACUACUUCAGUAAUGACCAGUGGAUCAUACCAAGAAGAGGGUGGAUUUGAUUCAAAAACAGCAUUUGGUUUACCGUAGUAAAUUUGGGUGAAGCCCUGCCUGUUGUUGCUGCGAGGAAUAUGGAGAUAUCUAGUGCAGUUGGUGCUUUGAGCCAGAAGGUGGUGUUGGUGGUGAAGCCACCUUAGUCCACACUGCUUGCUAAUAUAUCGCUUAGCUGAAUCUUGCCCUCCUGUACUCCUGAUAUUCCCAUAUUUGGACAUUGCAUUGAAGAUACAGUAUUAUGUAAGAAUAAUUCCUCUGUUCUUUUUUACUAUUGGAGGAUGGCCACUGGCCUGUUGGAUGUCUUGCUCUUUCAUGUGAGGCUUUGUCCUGCUAAGAGGUGGAGAGAAUAGGGAGGUGCAUGGGGAAAAGAAGUAAAAAGGGGAAGAGCAACUGGAAGGAACUGCUUAGCCUACACAUUGCAGACAGUUAGGUCGUUAUAAGCGCAAUGAACAAGGACUUUUGGUUGAUGUUUUUUUAAAGAGUUUUCCGGUGUGAAUGUUAUAGUUGAGUGUGUUUAUGUUCAUACUCUGGUUCAUGUGUAUUACAGGACAAUUACUGUAAAUUAGUCCACUGGGAUAUCAGCUGGCCUAAGUACCGGGUCAUUUUAGCUAAAGUUCCACUCCUUAUACUCUAUGAUUCUGGCAAGGAAUGGCCAGGAGGAGAAUGCCAGCUAAAGAAACUGGUACCCAGGCUACAUACUAGCUGCUUGCACCCUGAAUGUAUGAUAGACUUUCCUAGAACUGGCAAGAGACCCCUUGUCUGUUGCAAACAUUUCACAGGGAAUGAGUAUAUCCUGAGAGAGAAGUGUCCAGGAUGACACACAGAGAAAUACUGAAAAGGAGGCAAAAAGAACUCCUAAUAAAUACAAUAAAGCCUGCAAUUCAAAUUAAGAGAACAUAUGUAGGGAACACCAAUCUACUGGUGAAGUCAUGGAGGGAGAUGAUCAGGAGGCCAGUAUAUUCGAUGAGCUCUGCCACAUCAUUUGCUACAUAUUAUAGUGUGAGACUGCUUUCACUGUAGUCGUUUGGGGAUGUCAGAAUAAAGGUUGUCUUACAAAAAUCUGUGAUUGAAAUAUCUCUAACCGGUCAGAAGCCAAUGAAAAUGUUUGUAAAUGUUGAUGCUGAACCAGUUGGUUCAUUGAAACAGUCCGAAAGUCCGUUUCUGGGAACAAACAGAACAUUUAACUGUUUUUACAAUCUAGAAAUCAUCUUGUAGAUUCUCAGAUCCAAACUCCUUGAGGAGAAUUUGGUUAUCCAGGCAAGGUAUCAUGGAUAGAUUGGAAACUCACCCAGGGAAUCUGGAAUAACACACCUAGCGCAAAAUAAUGCCCACAUAGAGUUAGGACCUGUUUCAAAUCCCAUCCAAAAGACAGCACCCUAGGACACUGACACAAACUCAUGCCCUGGGCCAUUAAGGUGUCCUUAGUCCUAGAACAGAGUGCCUCCUGCUGGACUUCAAUACAACUUACAGCGGAAUCUGGACUCCCAUGAAAGUUUGCUUAGCAUAGCAGUGGAAUGCAUUGUGGUAUGCUGCUGGGUUUCAUUUCUCCAGAAGAACAAUUGUGGAAUAUUCCAUCUGUGUUUGAUGCUUCUGUCUGCCUUAUGGAGGCUUUUGAUUGAACAAAAUUACCAAAAUUAGCACACCUUUCUGAAAUGUUGCAAUGAGCUUAUAUUUUAAUCUUCAUUUUUUAAGACAGAAUACAGCCUUGAGCCACUCUGUAUGGUGCUGCUCACUGGAGAAUAAUGUAGUGGCAAUAACAGCAUUUGUGUCUAUGGUAAAACAUAUAAUUUUUAAAAUAAGAAUGUAAAGAGGGAGCAGAGAGUGCUCAACCAAUGUGAGUCAAGGUCCAUCAAAAAUCAGCAUAGUAAGAAAAAUGCUUGCUCACUACUAAAAAUGUCAAUUAUUUAUUAUAACUAAUAUUUCUGAACAUUUACUUUUAUCUGAAGAUUCUCCUUUACUUGCCAAGUUGUCAAUGCUCUGCUCUGUUGUCAAUGCUCUGGUGCAAUUUUGAAUGUUUUGUUUGUGAUUUGUUGUGGUUUAUUACAAUUGCAAACAAUUGAAUUUGUUGAUUGUUCGUUUCUUUGUGGGAGAGAACACUACAUACUGCAAAUUAUAUUGAAUAAACUUCUGGCAAACUUU